AUAUACAAUUUGGAUAGUGGCUUGACUCAGCAAAUGAGAUUUUUUUUUUAUGGCCAAUCGGAUUCAAUGUUUUGUUUGUGGGUUGUUGUAUGUGUAUAUCCAAAUUAUAAUACGUUUCAAUUCAUAAUUCUUGCCGUGUGUGUAGCAAUAAUAAUUUGCCUAAUUUUUUUUUAAAUUAAAAUUCUAGUUAAUCAUCAACCAUUUUAAAAUUAUUGCAAAAAAAAUAUUUAAUUUAUAAAAAAAAUUCACCAUAAAUUUUAAAAUUUCGAAACAAACGACAAUGUCUGAACUCGAAUUGAAUAUAUUGGAGAAUAAAACUUUAUAUCAUCAUCAGUAUUUGACGGCUAUAUUCCAGAUUUAUCCACAACGUCAGAAUGACAACAAUGAUGAGUCCACGUUUAUUGGUGAAAGACAAAAAUCCGAAAACGAUAAUGAUGUACCGAUAACAUGUUCGAUUUUUCGAGAAGCAAGUCAUGAUUAUCUAUCAUUAGAAAAUUAUUCUCUUUAUGUAUUUGAAAGUUUAAUCGAAAAUUUGGAUGAAAGUAAACAUUAUAUCGACAAACGUUUCUUCUCGGAUCAGAGAUCAAGUCUAUUUCGAUCGAAUCGAUAUGCAUUUCGAAUAUUUGAUGAUUAUUCCAAUAGUAUGGCUUAUCUGUUUGAUUGUUAUUGUCGUUAUGAGAUUGUCAAAGAUUUUGCCAAUCUUAUCCCAUCGUGUGAACAACGGAAUUUGAAACGUUAUAUUAUUGAUCAGGCAGCAUUGCUAUUAGUUAUGCCGGAUUUGAAUAAAGGAAAUGUGACCAAUGAUGAAAGUGAUAAUAAUGAUCAGAAUAUGAAACCAUUUAACGAUUUAUUAGAAAUCAUCCAUCUUACUAUUCCUUGGCCAUCAGAUCAUCUGAAUUAUGUCAAGAAAUUUUUCGUCGAUAUUACCGAUACUAUACAUGCUGCAAAAAUGGGCAUACAAAACGCUGAAUAUAGUUCUUCAUUGUCGGAUUUAUCGCCUGGAGAAUUGAAUCUAAAUACAAUAAUCAAGCCUUUAUAUGAAAGAUUUUGUGCAAAUUUUAAAAAAUCACAUCUAUUAACGCCAAUGUUUAUUGAUGAUAUUAAUUCGUUAAACAUAUUGGUCGCAUCUCCGAUUUUAGCCGAAAUAUUCAUUGAUUUGAAUAGUCCGGCAUCAUUGCUCGAAUCCAGUGCGACCUCUUCCAGUCAAGCAUCAUCUUCCCAGAACAACAGAGGACCAUCACAAGUUAAUAAUGACAAUGUUUUUCGCAAUCCUAUGCGUGAUGUAUUUCUCAAUACAUUUAUGGACGUUCAACAAAAUCAUUCGGCCAAUUCAAGUCAAGAGAAAUACUUUCAAGAAUGUUUAUUGGGCAUUUUGUUGUCCAAUUCUCCAUUACCAUCGCCAUUUUCAUCGAAGAAAAACAAUGCCAACUUUUUGAGUUUAUUGCUAAACAAUCCAGAUUUCCAGUAUCAGUUUUUCAAUUCACCAUCCAUGCAUACACCAUCGGAUUUGGAACGAACAGAAUUAAUGAUCGAUGAUUAUCAACAAAAAUUACGCUUUAAACUCACCGAUUUGUUUUAUUCGAUGCUAAGAUCGCCACCACAAGUUCGAACGAAAACAUUGAAAUGGAUAGAAUGCUGUUUGGCUACGUUCAAUACUCGUUCCAAAUUAUGGAUGAACGAAUUGUUCACCUUGGUUAGUGGUAAUACAUCGCAAGUAUCCGAUGGUUUUCUGCUCAAUGCUUCUGCCGUAUUAUUAAAUCUUUGUAAACCAUUUUGUUCAUCAACAGAAAACAAUUGCAAAUUAAUUGAUUUAUAUCCAGAAUAUUCAAUCAAUGAAAAAAUGUUAAAAGUUGAUCCUCUUUAUAUUCGUUACUGUCGACAAGAAGGAUCAACAACAGCGACCGAUAGGCCAAAUGAUUAUGGGCCAUACCUACAUAUUCUAAAACAAGAAUCUGUUCUAAUCAGUGGUGAUUAUUCUGCACCCAUAAUGUCUAGUGACAGUUCGAAUAAUCGUUCAUCUGCCACAACAGUUGACAAUCAACAAUCUAAUGUGGCCGAAAAACCUGUUACUACUUGUGGUGAUUAUCAGCCCAAUUUUAUCAGUCGGUUAUUCUUCAUGACCCAUAAAGCAUUGCAUAUCGGAUUUCGUGUUAUCCAUGAACGAUUUACUGCGAUUAACCAGGAAAACAGUCAACUACAACGUCGCCUGGAUCAUCUUGGAAUGGGAAUGGGAUUUAGUUCGAUGAUGAGAAACAACCUAAAUCCACAACAACGGGAAACAUUGGCUCGAUUCGAUCAAAACAUGACUGUGACAUUGUCGAUGAAAGCUGCAUUGACAGAAACAAAUUACAUAAAUAUUUUGCUCGAAUUUUAUCUGGCCACUGCUUCGUGGAUAAAUAAUUUAGCCGUUUGUCCAGUCGACAGAGAAGCUCCUGAUUCAUUUAUUCGACUUGAAUUUCAAGGCAAUGGAAGCAAUUAUUUCAAAUGUAAACCUUCGCUGUGCCUUCGAUGGAUUCCGGAAUUCAUAAUCGAGAAUAUUAUUGAUUUUAUGUUAUUUUUGCGUUAUUUUGAAAUCAAACCAAAGGUGUUGAAUUUAAAAUCCGGUCUGGAACCAUUUAUGGUAAUGAUUAUUCUGUUUAUGGGAUCACCACAACGAAUGCGUAAUCCUCAUUUACGUGCCAAGAUGGCCGAAAUGCUUGAAGCUUUAUUGCCCACUGUACAAGCAAAUAUUACACCUUCCUAUCUGGAAACAUUAUUCCUUAAACCAUACUUUAUUGAAGAAUUGUUUCCCGCUUUGCUCAGUGGGUUUGUUAGUAUUGAAAUAUCCGAUGAGGCCAACAAUGCCGACGUGGUUGCAUUCGAACAAAAAUUCAAUUAUCGACGACCGAUGUAUGUCGUAUUCAAAUAUCUAUGUACCAUUGAACAGCAUCAGCGAAAAUUGGUUGAUUUGGCUACCUAUGCUGAAGCCAAUAUUGAUUGUGUACAUUUGCCAGUAUUUCUGCGUUUCAUUAAUCUGUUAAUCAACGAUGCUAUUUUCUUGCUCGAUGAAGGAUUGUCGCUUAUGUCUAAACUUCGUGAAAUUCAACAGGAACGUGAAUCAGAUGCUUGGUCACGAUUGUCACAAAUUACUAGGCAACAGAAUGAAGCAAAUUUUGUACAUUUAGGUCGUUUGGCCAAAUUUCACAACUUUAUCGGCCGUGAUACGAUAGCUACAUUGGCCACCAUAACUUCCUAUGUUAAUUCAUUCUUUUCACAUCGCAUUCUCGUUGAUCGGAUGGCUGCAAUGUUGAACUAUUUCCUACAUAAUUUGGUUGGUCCGAACAAACGUAAUUUUAAAGUAAAGCAAAUGAACGAUUAUGAGUUCAAUCCUGGCGAACUGGUCAAGAAUAUCAGCAGAAUUUAUGUCAAUCUCGCCUGUAAUAAUCCAAUAUCCAUAGACCUGAAUACGACGAUGGGCAGUAGUAGUGUGAGAACGAAUCAAGUCAAUCCCAAAUAUGAAGAAUUCUGUUUAGCCAUCGGCCGUGAUGAUCGAUCCUAUUCGCAUGAUCUUCUCAUUCAAGCAGAAGAAAUUCUUACUAAUAAAUUAGGCCAACCGAUGCUUGGUCAAGAUAUGCUUGUCGUGGAUAGAUCUGUCAAGGAAUUGAUUCAACGUCAUAAAAGUAGUGAAAUUCCUAUCGACGAUAUACCCGAUGAAUUUUUGGAUCCACUGAUGAGUACUUUAAUGAAUGAUCCGGUCAUUUUACCAAAUUCACAUAAGGUUUUGGAUCGAGCCACAAUUACUCGUCACUUGUUAAGUGACCAUACCGAUCCAUAUACUCGUACUCCACUUACAAUGGACAUGUUAAUUCCCGAUGUUGAACUAAAGAAAAAGAUCGAAAUGUUCAUAGCAACCAAAUCAAAAGAGAUGAAUAAAGAAUAGCAGUAGCAGCAUCAUUUUUUUCUCCAUUUUUAGUUCUUUGAUCAAGUCUGAUUAAAACAUUAAUUUACAUUGAUUGCAUUAACUGUAAAUAAUAAUUGAAUUAAAACGUUUUA